AUGCGGCUCUCAUUACGCAGGGUCCAGCCUGGACCAGUAUUCUCGUCUUUUUUCGGCAUCCUGGACAUCAAGCUAGGCUGCGAGAUCAUCCUCCUCUUCGGGCUCAUCAACAAGGUCGCGGGCGUCUAUGGCCUCAUCACGGUAUUCAUCGGGGGCAGCUUUGCCCAAAUUGUAUUCUACGCCUACUCUGUCCUCUCAUUGGUGGGCCUGCAGUGGGGCCUCAAGCAGGUCAAGGCUGAAACAUCCCAUAAGUGUCUGCUCGUCGCGCACCUGUAUGCUCUCGACAACGUGAUCCAGCAGGUGUUUCACUACGCCUUCUUCUACAAUUACUGGUAUAUCCAGAAACAUGAGGGACAACGCGAUCUCCAUUCGCAGGCUCAGAAGGAUAUCUUUGAACUGGCCGUCUCGCGCGGCGAGGUAUCGGCCAGCGAUGCCAACCCGUCCGAGGCAGAAGCGCAGAUUCGUGCGGGACAGGCCAUGCAGAUCUGGAACGAUGAGAAGGGGUACGCGCUGGGUGUCAUCUUCCUCGGCUUCCUGUUCAAGGUCUACGCCUGCAUGGUACUGUACUCGUACGCGGCGCACCUGCGGACAAACACGUACCACUCUCUCCCGCUUACCAAGGGCGCGCACGCCGCCCGCGACGCGAUCACUGCGAGCAGAUCGCAGAACGUCAUCCCGAUCGAGGAGGACGAGGUCGCGCUCGCCGAGGCAGAGAUUGCGCGCGACCGUGCACGCGAGAACGGACACCUUUCGCACUCGCAGUCACCCUCGCGCUCCCCCCGCACAUCGCCUGACAAGAGCAUGGCUGGCCUCCCGAGAACAGACAAGGACAAUGAUCAGAGCAAGCGCGCGUCCGAGGACGACUUUAGCUGGGACUAG